CCAAAUUCGCUCCUUUUUUAAUUGUCUGAGAGCAUAGAGGAAGAAGAAACUGAAAAGCCGAGGCCAUCAUCGUUUUCAGUAAUCAAAGCCUUAAAAGAAAGGGUCCUAAGCUCCAUCGAUUCUCUGUUUGUGUGUGUGUGAAAAAGUUUUAAUUUUUAUCAGAGAUUGGCUUUGGCAUCUCCUCUUAGUAUUUGAUGCUUGAACCAGUAUGCCGCUGAUAGUUGGUAGAUAUGCAAAGGUAUCAUGGUGCCGGCUGCACUAGUGCAGUUAAUAACAGCGCGAUAGGAGGAGCUUCAGCCAGGGAUACUUCCCGGGCUGACUCAUCUUCAUUACCACCUAACUUCCAAUUCAAUUCUAGGCGGCAAUCUCAGUUAGCAUCCUACAAGUUGAAGUGUGACAAGGAACCGCUUAAUUGCAGACUUGGCCCCCCUGAUUUUCAUCCUCAGUCCCAAACUUGUCCCGAGGAGACUCUCACUAGAGAAAAUGUGCAACAGGGAUAUAAGGAUACCAUUAAUGGACUGGAGGAUUCGAAAGAGAUUUCAUUGACUCAGAUUCAGGCUUUUACAAAGCCAGUUGUUCUCAAAUGCAGAGAUGCAAUAAGAAAGUGUCUAAGGGCUAUCAAUGAAUCUCGUGCUCAAAAGCGGAAGGCUGGUCAGGUAUAUGGUAUCCCUCUUUCUGGUUCACUGUUAAGUAAACCAGGGGUUUUCCCCGAACAAAGGCCAUGCAGUGAAGAUUUCAGAAAGAAAUGGAUUGAGGGCUUAUCACAGCAAAACAAAAGUUUGUGUUCUUUGGCCGAUCAGGUUCCUCUUGGGUAUAAGAAUAGAACAUUAAUUGAAGUUCUUAUCCGGAAUAAUGUUCCAUUGCUGAGAGCAACUUGGUUUAUCAAAGUAACUUAUCUUAAUCAGGUUCGCCCAGGUUCUGCGAUUUCUACUGGAUCACUCGACAAAGCUCAAUUAUCUCGUACAGAGCUCUGGACAAAAGAUGUUAUUGAUUACUUGCAGCACCUUUUAGAUGAAAUUUUUUCUAGAAAUAAUUCUCAUUUUACUCAACAUGGUAGAGAUCGAUUGCCACAAAUGCAUAAUGCAGCGUCUUUGCAGCAUAGGAGUGCCCCAGCAUCAGCAACCCUUGAUGGUGAGGAGCCGUCUCUUCAAUUCAAAUGGUUGUAUGUGGUGCGACUCUUGCAAUGGCAUCAUGCAGAAGGGCUGGUUCUUCCCUCUCUUAUCAUUGAUUGGGUUCUGAAUCAACUGCAGGAAAAGGAAUUGCUUGAGAUUCUGCAGUUGCUAUUGCCAAUUGUUUAUGGAGUUUUAGAAACAGUUAUUUUAUGUCAGACAUAUGUACGUAAUCUUGUGGCUAUAGCUAUUCGCUUUAUCCGUGAGCCUUCACCUGGUGGAGCUGAUUUGGUUGAUAAUUCCCGGAGAGCGUAUACAGUAUCUGCACUGGUUGAGAUGCUUCGCUAUUUGAUACAGGCUGUGCCAGAUACAUUUGUUGCUUUAGAUUGCUUUCCUUUACCAACUUGUGUAGUUUCACAUGCAUUUAGUGAUGGUGGUUUUUUGUCAAAGUCAUCAGAUGAUGCAGGGAAAAUAAAAAGCAAUUCAGCAGAUGCUUAUGUUGUCAAAGUUAAAGGGUUUGAUUCCCAAUACCAGUCCUUGUCAUUCGAUCAUGUUGUUUCCACCAUCCACAAGUGUGCUGAUAAUCUUGUUAAAGGUGCAAGUGCUGGAUAUCCUAGCCAAAGUAUGGCAAAAGCUGUGCAGACUCUGGACAAAGCUCUUUUGCAUGGAGAUCUAAUAGAGGCUUAUAAACAUAUCUUUGAUGAUCUUUGUGAUGGAGCAGUUGGCGAAGGUUGGGUUGCUGAGGUCAGCCCAUGCUUAAGAUCAUCACUAAAAUGGCUUCAAACUGUGAAUUUGUCAUUGAUUUGCUCAGUUUUUUUCCUCUGUGAGUGGGCAACAUGUGAUUUCCGAGACUUCCGGACUGCUCCUCCCCAUAACUUGAAGUUCACUGGUAGAAAAGAUUUUUCACAAAUAUAUCUUGCAAUUCAUCUUCUAAAGCUGAAGAGGAAAGAGUGGCAGAACCCAGAAUACAAGAAGGGAAGAGCUUCUGGACUUUACAGCACUGCAAAGAAUACCAGUUAUCAGAAUAACUAUUCCAGGAGGAAUUUGUUGGGAAAUAUAUAUGAAGCUAAAAGCAAUGGAAAAUAUGUUAAUGGAAGAAGUAGUAGUUCUUCAGAUAUAUUUGACAGCCCUGGUCCCCUGCAUGAUAUUAUCGUGUGCUGGAUUGAUCAGCAUGAAGGGCUUAAAGGAGAAGGUGGCAAGCGUCUUCAGCUUUUGAUACUGGAACUCAUAGGAUCUGGAAUCUUUUAUCCUCAGGCAUAUGUGAGACAGCUUAUAGUUAGUGGGAUUAUCGAUAUAUCCCGACCUAUGGCUGACCUGGACAGAAGGAAGAGACACCAUCGAAUCUUGAAGCAGCUACCUGGGCAGUAUAUGCUAGAUAUUUUGGAAGAAGCAAGAAUUGCUAAGGGCUCAGAAUUGCUUGAGGCUGUAAAUGUUUACUCAAAUGAACGUCGUCUUGCCCUUCACAAUCUUCUUUUUGAUCAACAUAAUUGUGCAAACACUUCUCAUGUAUCAACUAAUGACAAAAAGUCUCAUUCUACCUCAGGAAGGGAUGGUGCUUUCCAAGUUUCUGGUGAUCAGUGGAAAACUCUUCAGUCUUCAAAGACUUUCAGGAGAGAUGUGGACCUUGAAGGACUGAAGGCUUCCAUUUCAGUAUUGUUGCAAUUUCCUAGCUUAUCUUCUACAUCUGCAGAUAGUGGAGUUGAAGAGUCUCAAGGGAGUUCCAAAAGGUCUGUUGGGUCAACAUGCAACAAGCCGGACAUGUUUGAAGGUGCCCCUGGGUAUGAAGAUUGUAAAAGGGUAAAAAGACAGAAAUUAAGUGAAGAUAAGAGUUUAUAUCUUCAAGCACCUUCACCAAUUCCAUCAGAUGAUGAAGAUACUUGGUGGAUGAGGAAGGGGCAGAAAAACAUAGAAUCUUUCAAAUCUGAUCCUCCGCAUAAAUCAACAAAGCAAGUUUCUCGUGGUAGACAAAAGACUGUGCGUAAAACUCAGAGUCUUGCUCAAUUAGCAGCUGCUAGAAUUGAGGGUAGCCAGGGAGCAUCUACAAGUCACAUUUGUGAUAAUAAGAUAAACUGCUCACAUCAUAGAACUGAGGUAGAAACUUUAAAGCCAGUGGAUGGAAUCAGAACAACCCAUUUUGGAGAUAUUGUUUCGAUUGAAAAGGGUUUAAAACAGCUUCGCUUUGUGGAGAAGAGGAUUGUCAUGGUUUGGUUGAUAUCUGUAGUCAAGCAGCUUGUUGAAGAGUCGGAGAAAUCUGUGGCCAAGGCUGGCCAGUACGGCAGGCCCUUCAUUGCAGCUGAUGAGAAGAGUCCUUUGAGAUGGAAGCUUGGUGAGGAUGAACUAUCAGUUAUACUGCAUCUAAUGGAUGUUUCCUGUGAUUCAGUUUCAGCGAUCAAAUUUCUCCUUUGGCUGUUGCCAAUAGUUAGCAGUAAUCCUGGUCCUACUGUUCAUAGUGGGAGAAACAGUCUAAGGGUGCCCAGGAAUGUAGAUAAUUGUGCAUGUGCAGUGGGGGAGGCAUAUCUUUUAUCAUCUCUUCGAAGGUAUGAGAAUAUACUUAUUGCUGCAGAUCUUGUUCCUGAAGCUUUGUCAGCUAUAAUGCUUCGUGCUGCUGCAAUUAUGGCCACUAAUGGAAGAGUUACAGGUUCGGGAACCCUAGUGUUUGCUUUGUAUUUGUUGAAGAAGUAUGGCAAAGUUGCCAGUGUAAUUGAAUGGGAGAAGAAAUACAAAGGUGCUUGUGACAAGAGACUUUUCUCUGAACUUGAAUCUGGACAACAAGAGGGAGAUUUUGGGUUUCCAUUUGGAGUUCCAGGAGGUAUUGAAGAUCCUGAUGAUUAUUUCCGUAAAAAGAUAACUGGUGGACGUUUUUCGAGAGUGGGUUUAAGCAUGAGAGAUAUGGUUCAGCGUCAUGUUGAUGAUGUCUUGCACUCUAUCUUAGGUAAAGAGAGAAAACUUGUUGCAGCCGGUGCACCAAAAACUCCUGCCGUUGAAAAAGGGGGUGAUGGUUAUCAAGUUGCUCAACAAAUCAUAAUGGGACUAAUGGACUGCAUUAGACAGACUGGCGGUGCUGCUCAAGAAGGGGACCCAGGUUUGGUGUCUUCUGCUGUUUCUGCCAUUGUUGGCAAUGUAGGAUCAACACUAGCGAAGAUACCUGAUUUUACUGGUGGCAGCAAUUAUUCAAAUUAUCAACCCUCUAUAAGUUCCUUGAGUUUUGCAAAGCGUAUCUUGCGCAUUCAUUUAAUAUGCCUAUGCCUGCUAAAGGAAGCCCUUGGAGAACGCCAAAGCCGGGCAUUUGAGGUAGCUCUUGGAACAGAGGCCUCUUCUGCUUUAGCAGUAGCAUUUGCUCCUGCAAAGUCCUCUCGUGGUCAGUUUAAGUUGUCUCCUGAUGCUCCUGAGUCUAGUGCGAACAUAUCUGGUGACAAUUUGAACAGUUCUGCCAAAUCGACUCUAGGGAGAACAACCAAAAUGUCAGCUGCUAUUUCUGCUCUUCUUUUGGGGGCUAUUGUUCAUGGGGUCAUUAGCUUGGAGAGAAUGGUAACAGUCUUAAGAUUAAAGGAAGGUUUGGAUGUUGUUCAGUUUGUAAGGAGCACAAAAACCAGUUCUAAUGGUAAUGCCCGAUCUGUUGGGGCUUUUAAGUUGGACAACUCAUUUGAAAUUUAUGUGCACUGGUUUCGGCUGUUUGUUGGGAACUGCAGAUCUGUUUGUGAUGGGCUAGUUUUGGAACUCUUGGGUGAACAACCUAUUGUAGCUCUUUCAAGGAUGCAGAGACUGCUUCCAAUUAAUUUGGUCUUUCCACCAGCUUAUGCAAUAUUUGCGUUUGUUAUAUGGAAACCAUUCAUUUUGAGUAGUAACAUUGCAAGUCGUGAAGAUAUUCAUCAAUUGUAUCAGUCUUUAACAAUGGCCAUCGGUGAUGCUGUGAAACACAUACCUUUUCGUGAUGUUUGUAUGAGGGAUACCCGUGGUUUUUAUGAUAUUAUAGCUGCAGAUACCACUGAUUCUGAGUUCGCAGCCUUGCUAGAGUUGAAUGGUUUGGACACGCACUUGAAAUCCAUGGCCUUUAUCCCUCUUCGUGCAAGGCUUUUUCUAAAUGCUAUAAUUGAUUGUAAGAUGCCUUAUUCUGCUUUUACACAUGAUGAGGGGAAUCGGGUUUCUGGACAUGGCGAGUCUAAAGCUCUGCGUGGAGAGAAUGAUUCAAAGCAAGGUAAGCUUAUUCGUGCAUUGGAUGCUUUGCAACCAGCUAAGUUUCAUUGGCAGUGGGUUGAAUUAAGGCUUCUUUUAAAUGAACAAGCACUCAUUGAUAAGAUGGAGAAUCAUGACAUGUCCUUGGUGGAUGCACUUCGCUCUUCCUCACCCAGUUCUGAAAGAGCUUCUCCUUCUGAGAAUGAGAAAGUUUUCAUUGAGAUCAUCCUCACCAGAUUGUUGGUCAGACCUGAUGCUGCUCCUCUUUUCUCAGAGGUGGUUCAUCUUUUUGGAAGGUCAUUAGAAGAUUCAUUGCUGAUGCAGGCUAAAUGGUUCUUAGGAGGCAUGGAUGUUCUUUUGGGACGGAAAACUGUUAGGCAACGGCUCAUUAAUAUUGCUGAAACUAAGAACCUUUCUACUAAGACCCAGUUUUGGAAGCCUUGGGGAUGGUCUUAUUCUGGUGGUGAUCCUGUGACGAAUAGGGGAGAGAAGAAGAACGAAGCCACCUUUCUUGAGGAAGGUGAAGUCAUUGAGGAGGCAGUGGAGUCAAAAAAGUGUGCGAAAGGUUCUCAAAUCGAUGUUGAAGGUUCCAAUAUCAGCCAGCAGCAUGUAACAGAGAAGGCAUUUAUUAAAUUGAUUCUUCCUUGCAUAGACCAAAGCUCUGCCAACUCGCGCAAUACCUUUGCAAAUGAUUUGAUAAAGCAGUUUAGCACUAUUGAGCAGCAAGUAAAGUUGGUUACUCGUGGCAUAAGCAAGCAGACUGGAACUGCCUCUUCAAUUGAAGUUUCUACUAAUAAAAGCAACAGUCGGAAAAGUAUAAGAGGUGCUAGUCCUGGAUUGGCUAGACGAACAAUGGCUCCUGCAGAGUCUGUACCUCCUCCUCCUGCAGCUUUGCGAGCUUCUAUGUCAUUAAGGUUGCAGUUUAUUGUGAGAUUACUGCCGAUCAUAUGUGCAGAUGGGGAACCAUCAUCAAGAAACAUGAGGCACAUGCUUGCCUCUGUAAUAUUUCGAUUGCUUGGAAGUAGGGUUGUGCAUGAGGAUGUGGACCUAUCUUUUAAUUUCAAACAGUUGAAGAGGGACGCGGAGCUGGUGUCUUCUAUUGCAUCCUCAGAGAUUUAUAGAGAUAGUCUUUUUGAUCGCUUAUUGUUAGUUCUACAUGGGUUGUUAAGCAGUUGCCAGCCAAGUUGGCUAAGGUCAAAGACUGCCAAUGAUUAUUCUGGAUUUGAUCAUGAGGCAUUGGAGAGUUUCCAGAAUGAAUUAGAUUCUAUGCAACUACCUGAGAUCAUUAGAUGGCGUAUUCAGGCAGCGAUGCCAAUAUUAUUUCCUUCUUUCCGCAAUGUGAUCUCCUGCCACACACCUUCGGUCCCAGUCGGUGCUCUUAGUGCGCUUCAAUCCAGCAUCUACAUCCCUGAAUCUUGCAAUGGUACCUUAAAUGCACCUCAGAGACAGGUUGCAUCGGCACGAACUGCAAAUAACAUACCGGGAAAAGCCAAGUCAAUGCCUUCACUACAGGAGUACGAUAUGGAAAUCGACCCAUGGACACUUUUGGAAGAUGGAGCAGGUUCAAGUCUAUCUUCAAGUGGCACUAUUGUCAUUGGUGGCAGCGACCGUGCUAAUCUUCGAGCCUCAAGUUGGCUUAAGGGGGCUGUAAGAGUGAGGCGAACGGACCUGACAUAUACCGGUGCAGUGGAUGAUGGCAGCUGAUUUUAGAUUUAACUUCAUUUUUUAUUUGGUAUAAGGUUAGCGAUCCCCCCAACCCCCCAAGAGCAACAGGUAAAAUUUAACACGAAUUCUGUUGCAUGCAUGUUGGCAUCGAUUUCACAUCUCUUACCUGUUCCAUGUCUAAUAGUGGAGGGGACACUGUUAGAAGGGGAUUUUUUUUUCAGUCGGAUGGUGGGGUGGCAUGCUGAAAGUCUUUGUACAAUAAUCUCAAAAUGUGCUCAUUGUAGGCGAUUUAUUCGGCAUGCAAUACAACUUGCUAUCAUUUUAUGCCCCCACCUAGACUGUAUCACAAGUGCUAUUCAGAGGCCUUGUUGUAUAUAUAGAGAUGAUUGUUUCUGUUUACCAAUUGAUUUGAGCAAAAUAUCCCAAGAAUGACAUGUAGUUGUUCCAUUUACUAAUCUACUUUUUGCCUCCAA